ACCUUUAUAAAAAUAAAUACGAACGAAGAUAACCUCCCUGAGGUUGAGACCUUUUAUUGUGAAAUUAAUUUGCUUGUUGUGAGCUAAAAUAUGACAUUAAUAUCAAAAUUAUGUACUGCUUUACGCAACCCUUAUACGGUUGAAUGUAUUCCUGCAUUAUUACAGUCAUCAAAGAUAAGCUAUGUUCGCUGUUAUUCAACCCGAAAAGAAAGCGGUUUGGCUAGAAGUCAAGAGAGAGGCGAUGUGUCUACCGACGUCCGACCUCUAGGAGAGAAAAUCAAAGAAACAACUAAGACUGCAACAUACACUGGAGUCAUUCUAGUAGGAGUUGGCGUCACUGGUAUCAUAUUUUAUUAUGUCUUUCGGGAAUUGUUUUCUAGUAACAGCCCUAACAGCAUUUACUCAGAGGCAUUAGAAAAAUGUAAAAAUGAUCCUCGAGUGGAAGAUGCUUUAGGUGCUCCUAUCAAAGGUUAUGGUGAAGAAACAACCAGGAGGAGGCGCACUCAUGUAAGCCAUGCUGUGUAUGAAAAAGAUGGAGUCAAACACAUGAGGAUGAGAUUUUAUAUCAAAGGAAUUAGGAACAAGGGCAUUGUUGAACUUGAUAUGAAACAGAAUGAAUAUGGCAAUUAUUUAUGCCGUUACCUGUUAGUUCAACUUGAUGACUAUUCGGCCAAGACCUUCAUUAUCGAAGAUAAUAGGGCAGAACUGGACAAGAAAACAGGUUUCAGCAGUUCAUUAUCAGCUCUUACCAUAAAUCAGUGAAUAAAAUACUUUAACCUUGUAAAUUGUAAAAAGAAAUAUAGUUUAAGUAGUAAUUGCAAUCUAAAUAAAA